CCGAAGGGAAAAAGAAGGCCAGCUGCUAGCUAGCACACGUGACCGGGAAGGAAGGCGCUCCCGCCCAUGACGGGAUGGGAAAACUAUGCCUGGGGCCCGCAUCUCUGGCUGCUGUAGGCAGGACUGAGCACCACCCAGAGCAGCGACGUCGGAUGGCCCUGGACGUGGCGCUAGGCACAGAGGGUGAGUGUCGUGCCCCUCAGAACAGAGAGUGGGGCGGACCUGGAGGAACCUUGAAUGCUGCAGGCACGAGAUGAGCAAGAAGACUUGAUGAAGCCUUUCUUCUCAACCCAUAUCCAGAAAGAACAAUUUAGAUGACAGUUUUUAAAAAGGUGACAACCAUGAUUUCCUGGGUACUCUUGGCCUGUGUCCUUCCGUGUGCUGCUGACCCAAUGCUUGGUGCCUUUGCUCGCAGGGACUUCCAGAAAGGUGGUCCUCAACUAGUUUGCAGCCUGCCUGGUCCCCAAGGCCCACCUGGCCCUCCAGGAGCACCAGGAUCCUCAGGAAUGGUGGGAAGAAUGGGUUUUCCUGGGAAAGAUGGCCAAGACGGCCAGGACGGAGACCGGGGGGAAAGUGGAGAAGAAGGUCCACCUGGCAGGACAGGCAACCGUGGAAAACAAGGACCAAAGGGCAAAGCUGGGGCCAUUGGGAGAGCUGGCCCUCGAGGACCCAAGGGGGUCAGUGGUACCCCCGGCAAGCAUGGCACACCGGGCAAGAAGGGACCUAAGGGCAAGAAAGGGGAACCUGGGCUUCCAGGCCCCUGCAGCUGCGGCAGUAGCCGAGCCAAGUCGGCCUUUUCCGUGGCGGUUACCAAGAGCUACCCACGUGAGCGACUGCCCAUCAAAUUUGACAAGAUUCUGAUGAACGAGGGUGGCCACUACAACGCAUCCAGUGGCAAGUUUGUCUGCAGCGUGCCGGGGAUCUAUUACUUUACCUAUGACAUUACGCUAGCCAACAAACACCUGGCCAUCGGCCUGGUGCACAAUGGCCAGUACCGCAUUCGGACUUUUGAUGCCAACACCGGCAACCACGACGUGGCCUCGGGGUCCACCAUCUUAGCUCUCAAGGAGGGUGAUGAAGUCUGGCUGCAGAUCUUCUACUCCGAGCAGAAUGGACUCUUCUAUGACCCUUACUGGACCGACAGCCUGUUCACCGGCUUCCUCAUCUAUGCUGAUCAAGGAGACCCCAAUGAAGUAUAGAACCGCCGGGGUUACACCUUGAGGCCGGGAUUAGGAUUCUUCAUGGGUGCUGAUGGAGGAAGAUUCCUAGACUGGGGCUGAAGACGAGCAGUCUUGGGAGUGUUUAUUCCCAGGCAGGCCUCCUCUAUUGCUGCUUAAAAAAAAAAUCAUUAAAUCCAAGCUUUUGAUUCAUCUAUUUAUCUGUCCACUCGCUAAUGAUCUUAGUAUCUGUUGAGUAACCAGCACUGGGCUAAACUCUGUGAGGUACAUACACCAGUGGGAAGACAGAGUGCCUAUCCUCCUGGGAAAUACAGUUCACAAAUAAAGAGCAAAUUACAUAAAUGGG